ACUGACUGUUCCAUGUUCAAUAUUCUUUGUUUGUUUGUUUGUUUCUUCUAAAGUUUUUUCUUCUAAAAUUAUAUGGUAUUUAUAAUUUUUUCCGUAACAUUUUCUUGUUUUUAUUCGUUUGUAAUAUUAUUGCGGAAAUUGUAAGAGAAACUGUUUCUUAUGUCUAGCAACACAGAUUUAAGACUAAGCAAAACUCUCAGUUAUGUCUUGAGGCACAAAGCUACAGAUGAAGGAUUGAAUAUAGACAAAAAAGGUUAUGUAAAACUUUCUGAAUUGUUGCAGAAUCAUUUAUUCAGAAACAAAUACACAGUUGAAGAUAUAAAAAGGGUUGUUGUAGAUAAUGAUAAACAAAGAUUUAACUUAAAGGACUGUAAUGGAGAACUAGCAAUAUGUGCAACUCAAGGACAUUCAAUAUCUGCAGUAAGCAUCGAAUGUUUCACCCCAAUCAAGACAAAUCAACCCUUUGACAUAAUUCAUGGAACGUACUUCAAAAACUGGCUAAAUAUUAAAGAAAAGGGCCUAAGUCGUAUGUCCAGAAAUCAUAUUCAUUUUGCUAAAGGCUUGCCAGGAGAUCCAGCGGUGAAUAGCGGCAUUAGGAGAAACGCACAAGUAUUCAUUUAUGUAAAUUUGGACCUCGCUCUUGCUGAAGGGAUAAAGUUUUAUGAAUCUUUGAACGCUGUAAUUUUAAGUCCUGGUGAUGAAAAUGGCAUCAUCCUGCCUAAAUAUUUUUUGAAAGUGACAACUAACACUCAUCAAAAGUUAAUGUAAAAUGUUUAAUUUUAGAUCUGACAAUCUUUAAU